UAUCUAAUAUGAUAGAGAAUCAAAAUGAGCAGACAGUUUGCCUAAGCAUCACCAUGUGAAUCCUGCGAAGAAACAGUCGUCAACAACCACUUGCAAUUUGCAAACUCCUUCCCCACCAUUGUCCCAAAACAACUAUAAAUACUAACCAAUGGCCCUUCUCAAAUCUGUCAACUCAAAUUCUCUCUCUCUCCCUCACACACAAAAUACACACUAUAAGAGAGGAAGUUGCAAAAGUUGUAUCAAGAACACAUAGUCAUGGAGUAUUACAUGGAUGAGAAAUGGAAAUUGUCAAAAGAUGAUAAGAAUAACUCUCUGUCAAGGAGUGUUUCCCAGAAGAGCUCCACAAAAUCCCCACUUUUAAGAAGUUUAACAAAGAAGAAUUCCUUCAAUCUUUCAAGGAGUUCCUCACAGAGGAGCAGCAGCACUUCUUCAAACAAGUCGUCGUCCCUGUCGAGAAGUUCGUCACAAAGGUGUGCAGAAUUUACGCGCAAAUGCAGUAGCUUGGCCAAGGAACAGAAAGCGAAACUUUACAUCGUCAAGCGAUGCAUUACCAUGCUUGUCUGCUGGAAAAAACAUGGUGAUUCUUGACCCGAGCACGUUUGGCCAUGCUUAAAAUUUGCUAAAAAAAAUAUGCUUUUAGGGAAGUAUGUAGAUGUGCUUAAAGGCAGCUAAAAAAAAGCUACUUUUCAGGUGAAACGGUUCUCUUCUCCUUGUUCUUAUAUUCCUUCUGUGAGAGAUGGAU